CAUCCAAGCACUCCCAACUUCGCUCCAAAUUCAGUUAGUAGAGGAUCAGAGAGAAGAGUUGCGACAGGAAAAAUUCUUCCCAAAAUAUGUUCCCACAGUUUGGGGCGACGGCGGAAUCUUUGAGUAAAGCGUCCACGUUGGUGUUCCGGAUCGGUACAGACGCCCAUCUCUACGACGAUCCCGAAGAUGUCAGUAUUGCUCCCCUACUCGACAGCAAGUUCGAUUCUGAGAAAUGCGAAGCUCUUAAGCGAUUGCUUGCCCUCAUCGCCCAGGGCUUCGAUGUCGCCAACUUCUUCCCUCCCUCAGUAAGUUGUUUUAAAAAUGUUGCAUCUCAAUUGGAAGUGAAGAAGCUGGUCUACUUGUACCUCCUGCAUUAUGCUGAAAAGCGUCCAAAUGAAGCAUUGCUAUCAAUUAAUUGUUUCCAGAAGGACCGUGACCCAAACCCACUGGUGAGGGCAUGGGCACUUCGUGCCAUGGCUGGUAUAAGGCUUCAUGUAAUUGCACCUCUUGUUCUUGUUGCUGUGGGGAAGUGUGCAAGAGAUCCUUCUGUUUUUGUUAGAAAAUGUGCUGCAAAUGCUCUUCCUAAGCUUCAUGAUUUGCGGCUAGAGGAACAUACUUCUGCAAUUGAAGAGAUUGUUGGACUAUUAUUAAAUGACAAUUCCCCAGAAGUUGUUGGAGCUGCAGCUUCUGCAUUUGCUACUGUUUGUCCAAAUAAUUUUUUGUUGCUAGGAAGAAAGUUCAAAAGGUUGUGUGAGAUUCUUCCUGAUGUUGAAGAGUGGGGUCAGAUAAUCUUAAUUGGGAUCCUUCUGCGGUAUGUGAUAGCAAGGCAUGGACUUGUCAAAGAAUCAAUCAUGUUUUCUUUGUGUCAGGAAAAGGAUUGCAGCUCUGGAAAGACUGUAUCUGAAGAUGAUGAGCCAGACUUUACGGCGAAAGAAGCUGUGGAUGGCUCUGGGAAUACUUUAUCUGAAUUAGCAAAUAUGAUUUUCCAUUGCUACAUUGAAAGGCCAGAUGAAUAUCUGUCACGGUCAAGUUCUCCAAACAAGGGUUUUCCUAAAUUAGACGUAUCCCAGUUUUCGUCUUCCAGCAAUGAUGCUGUGAAGAUCCUGCUCCAGUGUACUUCACCACUGUUGUGGAGUAAUAACAGUGCUGCUGUUGUACUUGCAGCUGCUGGUGUGCAUUGGAUAAUGGCCUCUCGGGAUGAUGUUAAGAAAAUUGUUAAACCACUUUUGUUUGUCCUGCGAUCAUCAUACACGUCAAGAUUUGUGGUCCUGUGCAAUAUGCCAAGUUUUUGCUAAGGCUUGCCUUCUCUCUUGUUGCUCACUAUGAAAUUUCUUAUACAUUCUUCAGAUUCAUAUCAGAUUAAAGCUCUGAAGCUUGAGAUACUUUCUGCCAUUGCCACAGACUCGUCUGUUCCAUUCAUUCUCAAAGAAUUUCAGGAUUAUAUUAAAGAUCCAGACAGGAGAUUUGCUGCGGAUACUGUUGCUGCCAUUGGUCUAUGUGGUCAAAGGAUUCCAAAAAUGGCAAAUGCAUGUUUGGACUGGUUGUUGACUCUGUUAAGACGUGAACUUAUGUGUAGCGGAAUUCAAUCUGUGGUUGGAGAAGAUGGCGUGCUAAUUCAGGCAAUCAUAUCCAUUAAAUCAAUCAUAAAGCUAGAUCCACUCACUUAUGAGAAGGUCAUAAUUCAGUUAAUCCGUAGUUUGGAUACAAUCAAGGUCCCUGCUGCCCGUGCUAUGAUUAUUUGGAUGAUGGGGGAGUAUUGCUCUUUAGGUGAGAUAAUCCCAAGGAUGCUGAGCACAGUGCUUAAGUACCUAGCUUGGUGCUUUGCCUCAGAAGCAUUAGAAACAAAGCUCCAGAUACUUAAUACAAUGGCAAAGGUCAUACUAUGCACUAAGAAAGAUGAUAUUGGGUCCUUGCGUAGAGUCUUAAGUUAUGUAGUUGAACUGGCUGAGCAUGACUUGAACUAUGAUAUUCGUGAUCGGUCAUGUUUUGUGAAGAAACUUUUCUCACGGAACCUGGAGUCCCAACAAAAUGAGGAAGAAGAAAAUAACAAAUCACAAAAUAAAGACCUGUCCUAUGUACUUGCUCAAUGCAUAUAUGGUGGACAGACAAAAACAUUGACAGUGUCAUCUGAACCUAUCAAUUCCCGGUUUUAUCUCCCUGGUUCUCUUUCCCAUAUAGUAUUCCAUGCAGCUCCAGGCUAUGAGCCUCUUCCAAAGCCUUCUAGUCUUCCAUACACUGACCUUGAUCAAGAUGAUGGGGUUUCUUCAGCAGAUUUUGAUGAGAGGAAUGGUCCUGAUGCAUCUGGAUCUUUGGAUGAGGAAAGUGCUUCUGAUUACAGUUCUGAACGUUCAUAUACUGGUUCAAGUGAUGUUAGUCGCAGUGAUGAGACUGUUUCUGGUCAUCAAGGUAACAACAAUGCUGAUCCUUUGAUUCAGAUUUCAGACACAGGUAAUGGUGGCCAAAAUCAGAAUGUUGUGUCUCACCCGGAUACAACUGAUUUUGGGGAAUUAUUGUCUACAAGAGCUCUGGAAUCAUGGCUGGAUGAGCAGCCUGGAUUGUCUACAGAAUGUACAAUGGAACAAGGUCGAGCCCGUAGAUCUUCAGCUAGAAUAACAAUAGGAAAUAUCAGAAGUCGAGUUAAAAAUAAAUGCUAUGUGCUCCUAGAUCCUACAAAUGGAAAUGGAUUGAAGGUCAAUUAUUCAUUUUCAUCUGAGACGUCAAACAUAUCCCCUCAACUCAUAUGUUUAGAAUUAUUCUUUGAAAAUUGUUCUUUGGAGUCCUUAUCUGAUGUAGUCUUAAUAGAUGAGGAUUCUAGCAAGGGUUCAGAUUCUACGAACCAUACAUCAUCCCCUGUUGAGAGUGCUUCGAAUACUGAUAUACCAACUCUGGUUUCUAUGGAAGAGAUUUGUUCUCUGGAGCCUGGUCAGACAGAAAAGAGGACUCUGCAAGUUCACUUCCAUCACCACCUAUUGCCUCGAAAGUUGGCUUUGUUUUGCAAUGGCAAAAAAUUUCCUGUAAAGCUAAGGCCUGAUAUUGGAUACUUUGUGAAACCACUUCCAAUCAGUAUGGAAGAUUUCAGAGAUAAAGAAUCUCAUCUUCGCGGGAUGUUUGAAUAUGUGAGGAGUUGUUCUUUCAUUGAUCACAUUGAAGAGCUGAACAAGGACAGCAACUCUUUGACAAAGGACAAUUUUCUUGUGAUCUGCGAAAGCAUAGCACUAAAGAUGCUCAGUAACACAAAUGUUUCCCUCGUAUCUGUGGAUAUGCCUGUUACUGCCCACCUUGAUGAUGCAUCUGGUUUGUGCUUGCGUUUUAGCAGUGAGAUCUUAAGCAAUUCCAUGCCAUGCUUGCUUACAGUUACCGUUGAAGGUAAAUGCUCCGACCCUUUGAGUGUUUCUAUAAAAGUCAACUGUGAAGAGACUGUGUUUGGUUUGAAUUUCCUGAACAGGGUUGUCAAUUUCUUAGUUGAACAGUCUCAUACCCAAUCGUGAGUUUGGAAGUUCGAUUGAGAAACUCAUUUGAAAAACUCGAUGAUCAGAGUUUUGAAGUGUGGUGUCUCCGAACUAUACACUUUAUUUUCUGGGGUGGGUGGGACGUGUGAUGAUUCAACAUGUAUAUGACUUUAUCUCUCAUUUAUUCGUUUUUGGGAUGCUAACUUGGUUCCAAAUACCCUUUUUUAUACCUUCUAUGCUACAUGGAGGGGAACAUAACCUUUGCGUUUCAUCAAUAUCCAUUGCUGCUUCUACACUUCUUUCAA